AUCUUAUGAGGAGAUAAAAGGAUUGAUAUCCCAUAACUUCAUUCGUUUCCUCAUCGAUAACUUCUCUCAUAUCUAAUAAUAAAACUUCCAGAAAUUUGUCAGAAAAUGAAGCUCAGUCAAUCCCUCAGUAUCUUCGCGCUCCUCGUAGUGUCGACUGUCGCCGUGGCUGUUCCUCAAGACAAAGCAUGCACACAAUGUCUCACUGAGGGUACUUUCUGCUCUGGAUUCGCCGGUCCUGUUGGCACAUGCUGCGAUGGGUUGUCGUGUGAAAACGAACCGGGAGUGGCAGACGAUGCUCACUGCAUUCGAAAGAAGAAGUGUUUGGCGAAGGGUGCUACUUGCGUGAGCAUCGCUGGUCCCCAGGGUACAUGCUGUUCUGGAAAGUGCACCUUCGUGGCAGCAGACUAUAGUGUUUGCAAGUGAGGAGAAGAAUAUAGCAGAUUGAAAAUGCGCUUUUGCUGUGUUAUCACUGGCAAACGGCCUUUGGGAAUUCUCAUCUUUUCUGUUGUUAGAAAUCCAAACCACUUUCUCCUAUCUCUAUCUUUUCAAAAGAAAAUCUUAAUUGUUAGCAUCGCAUUUCUUCGAAGCUUGUCAUUGAAAGAUCUAAAAGCUAGCAAUGAACUCAUGG